AUGGAAUUCGGAGACAACACAAUUCCUUAUGACCACGUGAUAGUGAGAACACGGCAUUCAUUUGUUUUCACAAACCUUAGGCCGUUCCUCCCCUUACACAUACUGGUAUCUCCCAUAUCCAAGAAGCAAAGGAUAUACGAAUUGACAAGUGAGGAGACAUUCGACUUGUUCAACACUGCAAGGAUUGCGAUGAAAGGACUCAAAGGCUUGUGUGAUGGAUUUACACUGGGUGUCCAGGAUGGACCCUGUGCCGGGCAGACAGUAUUCCAUGUUCACAUCCACAUAGUCCCGAGAGUAUCCGGAGAUCUCAAGAGAAAUGAUGAAAUAUAUGAAAAAGGGGCCUUAGAUUCUGUGGGCAGGCCUGCAAGGAAAUAUGACGAGAUGAAAAGAGAGGCUGAGGAGCUUAAGGAAAUAAUUGGAAAAGCAUUUGACGAAGAGGGCUUGUAUUACCAAAAGACUUUCGAGUGA